GUAAUAUAUUGUUAUUUAUUGUGUGCUUGUUGCAUGCUUUCUCGUACACAAUCGCAUGUGUGUUGCAGGGUCAAAUUAUCUCCUGGUUGCCCAACAACCUAAAGGAGCACCAACUGUGUCCUCAUUGAGCACUUCCACCGUCAGAGUCACUUACAAUGGUGACAUUAUCAUCAGGAGGAUUGGAUCCAAAAUUUUGAAUGUAUGGAAUUGAAAUUUGUCAUCUGUAGAGGGGCAAAAAGGGUAAGAAGAGUUAUUGCAAAGGUGGCAGUAACAGAAGAUUGCUUUAAAUAAGCAAAUACUACUCAAAAGAAGGUUUUUGAGUCAUGAUGCAAGAAUCUGGGAUUGAGGCAGCAAGCAACGGUUCAGCCAAUCAGAACGAAGUUAGCAGUGGUAACCACUAUCCAGACAGUAGCACAAGGGAAGGGAGAUCAAACGGCGACUCAUCCUCGAUUGAAGUGACUGCUGCUGAACUGGUUCAUCUCCAGCAACAACAGGCUUUUCAAGUUGCACGACAGCUCCUGCUGCAGCAACAAGCCAGUGGGUUAAAGUCUCCCAAGGGAAAUGACAAGCAACCAACCUUACAGGUUCCAGUAUCAGUGGCUAUGAUGACACCUCAAGUGAUAACUCCCCAGCAAAUGCAACAGAUUUUACAGCAACAAGUACUGACUCCUCAGCAACUUCAAGCUUUGCUUCAGCAGCAACAGGCUAUCAUGCUACAGCAGCAACAGCUUCAGGAGUUUUAUAAGAAACAGCAAGAGCAGUUGCAUCUUCAGCUUCUGCAGCAACAACAUGCUGGGAAACCAACUAAAGAGCAACAACAGCCACUAGCUGCCCACCACUUAGCCCUUCAGCAGCAGCUUCUUCAGGUGCAGCAGCUUCAACAACAACACAUCAUGACUAUGCAGCGUUGUGGCUUGCUCACAGUGCAGUCCGGGCAGCCAGGUCUCUCUCUGCAAACACUGGCACAAGGCAUGACUCCAACAGAACUACAGCAGCUAUGGAAAGAAGUCACUGGAGCUCCCACAGUGGAAGAAAGUGUAACCAAAAAUGGCAGUCUCGACCUUUCUACUAGUUCACUUUGCUCUCCCGCUGCACCACCUAAGACCUCACUACCAGUAACCCUGAUGAAUGGACAGUCUACGGGUCACACUCCAAAAAGGGAAUGCUUAUCCCAUGAGGAGCACGGAUGCAAUCAUCCUUUAUAUGGUCAUGGUGUGUGUAAAUGGCCUGGUUGUGAAGCAGUCUGUGAAGAUUUUGGACAGUUUCUAAAACACCUCAACAAUGAGCAUGCACUGGAUGACAGAAGUACAGCACAGUGUCGAGUACAGAUGCAAGUUGUACAACAGCUGGAACUCCAGCUUGCAAAAGACAAAGAACGCCUGCAAGCAAUGAUGACACACCUGCACGUGAAGUCAACUGAACCAAAAUCUACUCCUCAGCCUAUUUUUCUGACGCCUAAAAUCAAGGAGCUAUGUUUGACCAUUCCAAAGAAUAAGCUGAACCUGGUAUCGAAUGUCACGUUAUCAAAGACUGUGUCUGAGGCAUCUCCACAGAGUUUACCUCACACCCCUACCACGCCAACAACCCCCAUUACCCCCGUCACACAAGGACCCUCUGUUAUUACCCCAACCAGCAUGCAUAACAUGGGACCCAUCCGGAGGCGGUACCCUGACAAGUACAAUGUGCCAAUAUCCUCAGACAUUGCUCAGAAUCAAGAAUUCUACAAGAAUGCAGAUGUUAGACCCCCUUUCACGUAUGCUUCAUUAAUAAGGCAGGCAAUUCUUGAAUCUCCAGAAAAGCAGCUAACACUAAAUGAAAUAUAUAACUGGUUUACACGAAUGUUUGCCUACUUCAGACGCAAUGCAGCUACAUGGAAGGGUGCCAUACGCACCAAUUUGUCACUACAUAAGUGCUUUAUCAGAGUAGAGGAUGAGUUUGGGUCCUUUUGGACUGUUGAUGAUGAAGAAUUUAAACGUGGUCGCCACAUUCAACGAGGCCGUCCUCGAAAAUACUACCCUGAUGAAAGCUUUGAUGAACAGUUUGCACACAACCCUUCUAUUAUAAAAAAUAUACAAACCAGCCUUGCAUAUGGAUCACCACUUAAUGCUGCUUUACAGGCUUCAAUGACUGAGAAUAACAUACCUCUAUACACUACUGCUUCCAUGGGAAAUCCCACUGUAGCCACCAUGGUGGGUGCUAUUCAUGAGGAGCUAAAUGGUGCAGUGGAGCAUUCAAAUAGCAAUGAAAGUGACAGCAGUCCAGGACGUUCUCCGUUGCAAACAAUGUAUCCUAUCCAUGUUAAAGAGGAGCCAGUGGACCCAGAAGAAAUGGAAGGGCCUCUGUCUUUAGUGACAACAGCAAAUCAUAGUCCAGAGCUUGACAAUGACAGAGAAUUUGAAGAGGACCCAGGCAAUGAAGACAUGGAAUGAGCAUGUUUCUCAUCUUUCCCUGAGAUGAAGAUUCAUAUACGAAGAGAGCUCGUCAGAUUUACCUGUGAAAUCUCUCCAUGAUGUGGAAGUUUGGAGGAAUUUUCAGCCCUUUUUGACAAAGUAAUGAGAUGUUUUAAAUAACUUUUAGUGCCAUUAAGAAUCCCAUUGGGGAAUGUUUCUGAUUUUUUUCUACUUUUUGUUGGAAAAAUGGAAUUUGUAUUCUACAUACAUUGGAUGGACUUGUUUGGUACUUGGGAUUUUCCUCUCCUGAAGUCAACAUCAGUGUUGAAAGUUACUGAACUGUACAGUCAUACACACAGACUUUGCAGCAGAUUUGGACUGCAGUCCUGCCAAGUUGGACUCAUGGGUCUGAUCAAAGCUGUUCAUAGUUCAAACUGCAGGUAGAGCUCUUCCCAGAACUUGCAUAUUCAAAUGGAAGACUGAGGCUAAAACUGAUUUGCACAGUACUGGAAGUGGAUUAUUAAAAUAUCACUGCCUUUAAUCCACACUUGUUUCCAUGGGGCAGGGGAGAAGGGAAAUAAUUUGUGAAAAAUAAUUAACCGAAAUUUUAUUGUGACACUGUUUGCUUCUGCUGCACCCAAGCAGUUUUAUAAUCGUAGGCCACAGGCCUCUGGAGGACCUCAUUAAGCUCUAUGUUCAGCAGUAGUGGUUGAAUGUUAAAGUCUUUUUUUAACCAAUGGGACAAAAUGCCUGACAUCAGUUUGUAACAUAUGUGGUAGAUUUUCUGUCAUUCAUUCCCCUUAACUUCAUUGUUUUUUUUAUAUAUAAAGAGAAAUUAAACCUCAGACCAGCUUUUAUUCUGCUUACUGAUACUGCUUUAUUUCAUUUGCUUGCAGUCAGCAAACAACAGGCCCAACUUUUAAUAUCAACUGGCGGAAUCAAUGUUCCAUGACUACAGAGAAAGGUUCACUUUUAGGAAAGCUGCAGAAAUGAACCAGGGGACAGAAUGACAGAAAAAAAAGAUGAUAUUAGUAACUAGCCCUUGUCUCCUACAUAACGCCAUUGAAUGAUUCCUGUUUUUCAGGUUCAACAAGUAGUAAGGAGACACAGGAGUUGAGUUAAAGAAAGUAGAACAUAAAAAAUUUUGUCUGUAUAAAUAAUAAUUCACACUGCAGCAAAGCUUUUCAGUUAAGGUUUAUGUCUAGUGCUGUGUUAAGUAGCUCUAUAGGUAGAAAUUUGUUAUUUCAGCAAACUUAGAAAACUUCACAAUAGAUGACAAAAUCGAAAGCAACGUCACUAGAGCUUACUUUGCGAGCUUAUAGUGAUCCUGAAGCAAACUUUACGUACAGAAAGUAAUUCUGUUAAUAGAAGUCAUUGAAUUAUUUUCCAAAACACUCAACAUCUUUGCUGUUUCAAGACUGCGACUUGGUCACUUUUCUGUCACUCCCCUCUCCCCCAUUGUAUUUAUUUAGGACUAUAUAGUUUGGCAGUUGAAGAAGCUUUCAGAGCUUUAUUUAUUUUUACUUUUUUUUGAAACCAGAUAAAUUUUUCUGAGAUUACCAAAGAUGAUCUAAAAGGUAAAUUAUAUGUUCUCUGUUUGAUGCUUUAUCUGAUGAAGCCAAAUAUCCUCUUAUUGUUGAUCAAAGGAGGUAGCAGAAUCAAGAGGGGGAAAUGGCUAAAAAUGGAAUGAUGCACAGACAGUAACCUGUGAUGUUUAAGUCUCCUUUUAACAAUAUCUGCAACAGGCCAGGUGGAUGUUUGAACCAAAGGUAUUAUCUCUGAAAAUUCAGCUUUCUCUUUCCUAUAAUGACCAAGUUUGCUCACUGUAGGAAGAUAUAAUUGGAGACCAAACCAAGGACCGAUAUCACGGAGGCCACAAAAAAGGGAGCGUUCCAUCAAGGGAAGGUGAAUGUAGAUCCUUUCUGUGCUGAUAAGAGUAAGAUGAAAAGGUGAAGAUGCAAGAUUCAAAUGGUAAUACAGAGAGAAAAGGAAUAGCUUCCAUGAUGGAACUGGACCACGUAUUAGUGUUUUAGGACAAUGCUUGUUAUGGAAGCUGUAACUGAAAGAUGGUGUGCCACUUUUGUUUGGAGACCAAUUUUCUUUAUUGUGCCAAGAUUACUUAUUUUUGGUUUGCCUUGGCACACAUCUUCAAAUUUGUUCAGUUUUGUUCCCGCAUUCUUCAUGCAAAAGCACUCAUAAGCUUGGUACAAGAGACAUUACAGCAGUUUUUUUUAAGCUUAAUCCAACUUUCUGUUAAAUGGGCAGUCUGUGGUCUUUUGAAAUAUAUAUUUGUAAUGGCAUUCCAGGCAGCUUCAUGAGGAUGUGCAGGCAGUAGCUAAAUGGGAUCAUGAGAAGAGAUCCCAUGAUUUCAAACUGAGUGGCCUGUUGGUUAACUCUGUAUUUGAGGGAAUAGAAGAUGGUUAGAUUAGUACAUUCUCAGCAUGUGUAGCUAGACAUGACUAAAGUUAACAGCAUGAGAAACUGUUAGUACGCAUACCUCAGUUCAAACUUUUAGGGAAUGAUGAAUAAAACAUUUCACUCAGUUGCACUUAGUUGUAUGUCUUGCAUGUUUAGUCUAAAGACUAGCAAAAUUAGAGCUUGCAUAUCUAGCAGGUGCCACAGCCUUUCAGCAGAAUCAACUCUGAACCUCAGGCUCUUUAUGUACAGGAUUUCAAUGAUUGAACAUUGUCACCAUAUCCGUUUGGAUAUAUGGUUGCUUCUAAAGGGUGGGGGUUUGUUACAUUGUACGUAAAUAUCCCAAUGUGUCGGUGCAAGCCUUUGUCUUUUUCUGUUUCUUUUUAAACACUGUUCUUUUAAAAACAAAAAAUCUCUGUUAAAUCACAUUUGCUUUUGAGCAACUGCUUUGUAUUGACUAUAUUAAAAGAAAGCUUUGAAAACUACUGUAUGUAUUGAAACUGCAAAUGUUCUGCACAUGUAUUUUACUUAUUAAUCCUUGCUUUAAGAAUAACAGAAGUUAUUUGCUGACAUUUGGGAGAAAAUCCCUUUUUUUUUGCUUUAACUGUAGUACAGUUGACAGAUUUUUAAGUUACCAUUGAACGAAGCAUUUUGUACAGUUUUGUUUGUGUUAGGCUGUUUUGAUACUUCCCGCUUACAAAGGUCCAACCACUGCCCUCUGCAGCUGUCUUAAAAGUUUGAAGGAUUUGGAGAAGACAAUUUAAAAAGUCAUUUCUUUUCCUGCUGUCGUGAAUACUUAGCAUGAUGAAUUCCAGGGCCAGUUGCAGUGAAGUAAUGAUUAUUAAAACUGGGGAGUGUCAACCUGUUGAAUAUUUUUUUUAAAUAAGAACUUUACAAGGUGCCAAGAUGUAAAGAUAAUUUGUUACAUGCUUUUUCUCUAAGAAAAGCGUACAUUAUCAUGAUCGAAGUACCAUGAUUCAGGUAACUUCAAUGUCAGGAAUGAGAGUCACAGCCUUCUAUACUGUCAAAAGCCAGUGAAUAAAAAUCUGAUUGUUUGUUAAAGGUUGUUUGGAAAUGGUACAGAUUGAGGACAUUGUGUUAUCAUGGUGCUUUGAACGUUGUUGCUGCCAGUUAAGAGAUUAUUGUAGAGGCAUACAGGAACUCAUUCCUUACAUCAGUGUAAUCCAUCAUUCCAUGUCUGUUGAUGCAGACAAUAAAAAAAUUCAUGUGUGUAGUCAGUACUAAUUACUGACAUUAGCAUUCUCAAAUGCAAUAAAAAUGCUGGUUGUUCA